AUGAUUAACAGGUUGCUCAAGAAACUGGAAAUGGAUUUGAAGCAAUGUCCUCCAACAGGAGAAAAUUCCUUGAGUUUGAAGUGGCUGGAAUGUUUCAGCAACAGCUUUGAAGAUUUAAUUGCAAAUUCACCGGCAUUUGGAAAUAUUCUGAAAACAAUUAAGGCAGAGUACGAUAACUACAUUUCAUAUUUGCUGGACAUCCAUUUGACACAUGGGAAGAUUCUCCAAGAGGAAAUUCAGCAAAUGUCAAAAGGAAGCAUCUCUACUCAACUUUCUUUAUCUCAGGCCAAACAUAAAAUGGAAGAGCUUGAAAGCACAGCAGUCAAACUAUUGGAAAAUACAGAAAAAUUGCAGAAAGAAAUUACUGAAGAAACUGAAGCAGCCAAAGCAAAAAGUAUAGAAAGCAUAAGUGAAGAACAAGUGGAACCAGUUUCCUCUCGUAGUUCUGGAGAUUUAUACCAUGAAGUGGAAGAAUUGCGAGUGGCCAUUUUGUCUCGUCUGGAUGAAUUGAAUGGCAUGAGAGAGGAUAUUUUGGCAAAUUAUGUUCCUGUUUCUGUGUGUCAUAACCUGGAACAAUGCAUCAGAGAAACGGAGAUGGAGUUGCAAAAAUUAAUCAAACAGAAUGAAUAUUAUCAAAGAAGCAGUAGUGAGAUGGAAGGCUACUUGAAGGAGGCCAUUGUUGAAGCUGACACCAGUGAUAGAGACGUUAGGAGAAUCUGGAGGAAGAUUUAUUCUCGGAAACAUCUUGGAGAAUCUGAAGACAUUAACAAAGUGGAUGAAAAUCAAGAAUCAGAUGAAGAUGAUGAUCAUGAGAGUAAAUGGAAUUGGUACAUUUCUUAA